CGGAUAGGGAGUUUUGCGUUUUGCAUGCACCAUGGCGAUGACGACGGCGGCGGCAACGAUAGAGGACUACUCGCUUAUGUGGGCGCCUUCAAGCGUCGACCAGCUGCGUGAGAACCUCAUGCGCCUCGAGCAGAGAUGGAAGUCCAUGCGCCAACGACAGUCGAAGAACCGCCCGGUCAGUGUCUCGCCAGCGAUGCGACCUCCGUCGCCACUGUACCGAUCAUACUCGGAGGUACAUGUCGACUCGAAUGCGUAUGCCACGCCUCCCUCCAAGAAGUCCCUCGUCAUGCGAACAUCAUCUCCGGAUCUCAUCGCUCCAUCAUCGGCGUCGGAUGAUCACCCUUCUUCCUCGUACUCAACACCAUACAAGUCCUGGCGGAGCAUUGAUCCGUACGACUCGCCUGUGAGCGUGUCCAGCUCGAGCUCCCGCCCUAUCGCCGGCUCGUCUCGUCUCCCCAUGGCGCCCGUCCGUCGUGUGGCCGCGUUGACCCGGGAAAACGUAUCGCGACUUCCGCAAUACCCUUUGCAUCACGACAUGGAUCGUCACGGCGGCGGCGACGGCGGGUCCGUCUGCAGUUCCAUUUCUGGACGAAGUCGCAUGUCCGUCAAGACCGACGGCGGCGCCGUGUUCUCCCGCCUCUACCAGCCGAACCACCUCCAAGCCCGGGACUUGCGCAUGUCGAUGCACAAGGAGCGCCAGCAGAAUGCCACGUGUCCGUUCAUGCCGCGGACCAAUGUAUCCCGGAACCGGACGCCGUCGGUGGCGUCUCGCGACUCGUUCUGCAGCGCCAGCAGCUGUACCAGCACCCAGACGGACAUCACACAGGGCCUGUCGGCGUCGAGUCGGCUGUACGACCCCGAUUACAUCCGCAAACGCCAUGCCAAGCUGGAAAAAUUGCGACAGGAGCGGGAGCUCCGAGAGUGCACGUUUGCUCCGGCCGUCAACAAGAAUGUCAAUGAGAAGCUGCUCAACCAGCGCGACAUCGCGGCAGCGGCCACAAGGACGUCGACUCCUCGCAACAAUAGUAGUACUAAAAGUCGCUUGAAAUGAUCAUCCACAUAUAUUCUACAACGGUGGCUAGCUACCAUGAAAAGGAUUUUGGAUAUGUACAUAUGCAUAUAUGUAAACGACC